UUGGUAUGGUCGUGUACCCAGAAUGCAGUGCGUAUCGCCAUAUUGAGAAAGACUUAGCUGAGCAGCCAUCGGGAAAGCCAGUUUUGCUGACGAGUUUUCAACAGGACUGGGGAUAUCUUCCGAGUUGUGAUUGCCAAUGGCUGAGGGUUAUGUGGGUAGUGUGAUAUCUGUUGACUGUGGCAGCACCCUUGGGGUCUACCAGGGUCGCGUCAUCAGAGUCAACAAGGAGGAGCAGACCAUCUCUUUGAGGGACUCGUUCCGCAAUGGCCUGAAAUGCCAGGUGCCAGAGAUCACUCUCAGUGCAAUAGAUAUCAAGGAUCUAAAGAUCCUGAAGUCACCUGAAAAUGGGAAGGUAGUCGAAAUCCAGAAACCCAAGGUUAGUCUGGUAGCAGCUACCCCGAAAAAGAAAAAGGAGCAAACAUCAGGAGAUUUCAAGAAGUCCGAACAAAUUGGUGAUGCCAGGAAAACCCCCAAUGGAGAGUACCCCAGGAAACAGAGCUAUCCUGGGAAGGGCCAAAAUGGCGAGAUUGCAGCUAAGAGGGGCCAAAAUGGACAUGUUGGAAAACCAACCAAUGAGGAUUCCAAGAAGAAUGGGAAUGAUUCCAAGAAGAAUAGCAGUGAAUCCAGGAAAUUCCUGGAGCAGAUGGGGGAUGUUAGAAUCAGCCAAGUGUCUCCAAGAGACUUUGGAAAUAGGGACCAAAAUGGGGAGGUGAUGAACGGAGGUAGCCGAGAGGGUACCCCCACCAAGAUGGGAAGGAAACGGCACAACUCUUUCUCUGGUUUCGGGCGCAGAUCUCAGAACACGACUCCAAAGAAGUUUGAAAACGGACGCCCAAGAUCCAAGACCAAAGUCGAGAACAACAACACGUUCUCCCCAAUCUCCCCAACUGUUAUGAAUGAAGAGUUUGACUUUGAGAAGAACCUGGCACUCUUUGACAAGGCAGCUAUAUUUGAGGAGUUGGACAUGUUGAAUGGGCAGGUCUCAGAGACUAAGAAGCCCCAGAACUACAGACAUGAUGAGAACAUCUUGGGUGACCAGGAGGCAGUAGUGUACAGGCAGAUCCUUGUACCACAGCAAAGCAGUGUAGAAUUUAACACAGACUGUGGCCUUGUGGUCCCCAGUAUCUCCUUAGAGCUGAGAAGGAGGUUAUAUGGAGCAGCAGAGAAGUGUGGUCUGUCAGAGGAGAAGCAGCUCGAGGUGAUUGGUAUGUGCAGCAGUCAGAUGGCAUUACAACUACUAGGGGGAAGCAGCAGGCUGAACCCACGGAACACCCACCAGAUGCCCUCGGUGGUGGUCCUGUGUGGCCCCCACAGACAGGGUGCACAGGGCAUCAGCUGUGCACGACACCUGGCUAACAAGGGAGUCAACGUUACUGUGUUCAUGCCAAACUUCAUGAAGAUGUUGGACUGUCUGACGCUGGAGCUGCAGAUGUUUAACAUGACAGAAGGAAUUCACACCCCAAUGCACACAGGUCUUCCCACAGAGCAUGUGGACCUGAUCAUCAACACGUUGGACGGACAGGAGAGUGCGUUUCUCAGGGACCAGGCCUGGUACCGCAGUGUGGUGCAGUGGGUCGGACAGAACAAGGCUCCAGUGCUCGCCGUCGACCCUCCCUGUAACCCACCACACUACCCCAUUCAGCCCAAGUGGUCGCUGUCCCCCACGCUGCCCCUUCCGUUGCCGGAGGCGGCUGGCACGCUCUACCUCUGUGACAUGGGGAUUCCAAGUAAGGUUUAUGCUGAGGUGGGGAUCAAGUACAAGUCUCCGUUUGGCCACAAAUGUGUCAUUGCCUUGCACCACAUUAAUGCUUCUUAAUGUGUACUAUACAAUGUAUGUGCCCAUUUAGAUUAAGAUACAAGACAGACAGACUAGAUUCAAUGUGACAUUAAAAGGCUAUGUAUUUUGAAGCCUUCUUGUUACAAUGUUACAAAUGUAGGUGGUACACAGUUGAAUUUGUCACUGUUACCAGCAUACAGAAAGUAGUGUCAGUUAAUUUGUAUUUGAUAUGGUGAGCACUGUUACUCAAGUUUGAGAAGUGCUGUAAUAAAGUGGAAAUGGAUAUGGGACUGGUUAUCUCAAAAAGAUCUUGCCUUUAACUAGGAUAAGUUUAAGAAGGAGUUUAUUUUGUUGUCUUAGACCUAGAGAUAUGUUUGAAAAAUUAUCAAAUCGUAUAUGGGAUGUGGGAGGGAGCUUUCUAAUGUUUCUUGGGUCCAGAAUAAGUGAAUGGGGGAAGGGCUACUUGACUGUAUGAAGUUGUCUGUGUUAGAUAAGUAUUUGACAAGCACAUGACAAAUAUAUGCCUCAUAAGGUUAGUGGUUUUCAACCAAUUUCAAAGGUUAGUCAACCUUUGAAGUUGGUACAAGGUAUUCAUAGGCGUGAGGUAAUAAAGAGAUGGAAGUGAAAUAUGAAUGGGGACGAUAAAAGAGUAUUGGGUAUCAAAAGUCGAAUACCACAGUUGCUGUAGAAGGCAGUGAAAUGGUAUAGAGACAAAGAUAUCCUCGUCUAAAUCAUUGAGAUAAUGCAAAUCAGUGCCAGGUAGUCACAUCAGGGUGAGUUAGAACCAUGCAGGUAUGUCUUUCUUAUUUUUGUUCUUUUACAAGGGUGAAAGCUUUGAAGGGAUCCAAGAGCAGGUAGUACAGCAGGGUCUGCUACAAAAUGUAUUUUUCAGAAAAGGCUACUAGUAAUUUUACCCCAGUAAAAGUGUAAAAUCAGUGUAAAAGACAAAACUUAUGUUAAUGUUAAAAGGCUGUGCUGACCCUGUGCAAUCUUUGUUUAUAAAUCAGUCUACAUUUUUUAAAUCAACCAAGAAACUAUUGCAGCUUUAGUUUCUCUUCAGAAUAUUUUCAUUACAAAAGCUACUACCGGUAGUGCGGAUUUGCAAGUUAAGUCACAGAUCAUUUAGUCUAGCUUUUACUAUGAGAUAUGUGCAGUCUUAUUUGGCAUUUUGUACUAUAUCCAAGACAGACUGUUAUUUCAAUUCAAAAGCUGGUGGAAUUGAGCACUCCUACAAUAGUAUUGUGCUCUUAUUCUUAAGCUUGAUUUUGCUAUUAAAACUAGAUCAACCUGUGGCCCAGUUGGCAGACAGGGCUUUAAUGAUGUCUAAAAUUCUAAACAAAUGUUUCAAUGAUUAUCCAGUUUGUGAAGAUGGGUUUGAGCCAAAACUGAAAAUGCUAGUGUUUAGCACCUGAAUGAGCACAGAUUAAUUUCUACAUACUGGGUUGAGAUGUGCCUAAGUAUGUAGGCCUAUUAAGGGACAGGUCAGUGAUUUUGAAGCAGUAGGUUUUUAUAAAUUAGUUUUGAUUCGUACAGUUGUUUAUGUUGGCUAUGACAUUAAUAGCAUCAUGAAGAUGCAUGGGGAAAAGGGUGGAAGCACACAAACAGUACUUUUUUGUUGGUCUAAUGCCUCAACUUGAUGAAUGAAGUAAACCUGAUGUAGCAUAAAAGCUACUGUAACAGUACUAAUGGGACUUCUUUCAUACUCCAAAGUCGCUGACCUGUUUGUUUAAUUAAGGUGUCCCAAAGAGAAGCUUUGUGUACAAAAGUUUUGUAUGUCUUGAGUGUAAUUUGUACAGUAUCUGGGGAUACCUGUACAUAUUGUUGUUUGAGAGAGACAGGUAUAUUUUUGUACAUACUAUUCAGACUUAGUUACUAACAGUAUUUGGUACUCAUUUCUUCUCACAACUUGCUAUAUUUGUCUCCCGUUAGGAAUUGUAAAUUACUUGAAGAUCUCUUUGAAUAGUGUCUUGGGCACAAAAGUUCUCAACAGUGUGAGUGUAUGUGAUACUAGUAUGUCAUCAUUAUCCAAGGAGGGUUUGAGCCGUCUCGAUUUACAACAGCAAAGAAUGACACAGUAGUCAGUGUCUGUUGUAACCAAAUUGAGGACGCAAGGGACAUCAGCACUCAGGAAGUCAGAACUUGGUAAAACCGUGUUCUUACUGAAGAGUGUAGGAGUGUAUUAUAUUCCUGUUUGUCAGUCUGUAUGUGUUGUGGUUUGAUCUAGGGAUUUGUAAAUAUCAGCUUUCUUUGAUUUUACCUGUGUUCAAAGUGAUACAUUUUAGGUAUGUUUUGGGGAUUUUAACUUGACUUUGUCCUUUUUCUGCAUGUGUCUUGAAUGUAUUUUUACUUUGUGGAUAUUCAUACUUUGGUAUGUUUUAGGUAUCUUGGAUAAGAGUUUUGUACAUUUUGUACUUUUGUAACUUGUGUCUGAACAUCUAAGAAGUACUUUUAAUGAUAUUGUGUAGAUACUGAUUUUUUGAUAUGGAUAAAGUGGUGAUUUUAUGUAUAUACAGUCAGGCAACAUAACUGUUGAUAUAACAGAUUUUCACAACAAGUUCCAAUUUGAAACUUAGAUCACUGAAUUUGACAGUAUCAAAUAUAUCAUUGUAAUUCACAAAUCGGAAAUGAAGCCCAUUCAUUUCAGACUGUGGAUGAAGGUGUCAUGAUUUUUUGAUUAUAAGCAUAUCAGUUUUAUGUGAGGUCAUGAUAUUAACGGACAAAUUCAGAAAAAGUAAAGCCAAUGAGAAGAACAUUUCUCAAACUCCUAAAAUACUGAAAAUCAGCCAUGAUCAACAUUAAGUUUGUCUGACUUGGAAAUAAUUCUAAUCAUCACUAUUUCAUCAUAUUGUGUGCCCCUUAUAUGGUGAUGUAUUGAUGACAAAGGAAAAAUAUUGUGUUCUAUUGUGCCAAUUGUUUAACCUGUGGCAGAAAUUACUGAUCCAAAGAAUAGACACUGUCACAUGUGCUGUUUUAUUGGUUGAGUUGUACAUAUUGGUUGAGUUUUCUGAUAUAUGUAUGAUGUAACGAAGGGUAUGUUUGUCAAUGGUUUACUGUUGGUGUAUUCAUAAACAAUUGUAUUGGCAGCAGUUGUAUGGGCAUUGCACAGAACAUGUUAUCAUUGCUGUACAAAUUAAGCAAAACCCUAUGUUACAUUUCUGUGGUUUUAAUAUCCAGGUAUGGGAGGGAAAAGAUGAGUGUUCUAGAAAUUCCACCUUUAUUUUAAUCUCAAUCCACUGGAAGGAUUCAGUUCAUACCACCAUGCCUUUUAGCAGUCAGUAUUGAAUUUCCAGCUCAACUGGCUACACAGAUUUCUUUAAGUCUUUUAUUUCGGCAGAAAAUGUAAAAAAAAAAAACAACAACUAUUUUUCCUUCCAACCUGUCAAUUGAAUUAGGCUAGUUUAUCCUCGGGUUCUUGUGAAUAUACAUGUGUCAAAUGUACAUGUAUGAAUUUCUGUCACAGUGUCUACUAUAGCUGUUACAAAGUAGCUGUUGUGAGCUGUAGAACCUGUUUCUCAAAUAUCAGAAACAGCUUCUUCUGUUCUUGAUAUGAAUAGGGGCACACUCCAGAGUGUUGUAGGGUCCACCUGGAGUUGAAAGGUUAAUAAUCAACAGGCCUAAAAAUAUGCAAAUGAUUAAGAUCUCUGCUAGACCCUUCCAUGUCUAAAAGUGUCACUAUAGACACUGGUAGAAACACCAGUGUUGUAUAGUGGCCAUCGAGUACAAAUGUUAUUACAUGGUCUACGUGUGGUAACAUCAUGACCACAUGUACUCUUCAUUUUCUUGUCAGCAUUACAAUAACAUGGAUGGUUACAAAGAUCACCCUAUGCACUCUGACCAGAGCUUGACAGCAAGACAUCUCAAAUUCUAGAUUUUGAAUUGUCUUCUUUUUAAGUGGCUACAUAGAGGUUGGUUUUAAAGCAACAGCUAAAAGCCCCUUGUAUUGCUGACAAGUUAAUGUUUGAUACUGAUUUCUUGUCACGCCAGUUGUUUCUUAGUUCUUUAUUCUCCCAACAAGUGCACUGUAAUGGCAUUGCAAUAAUGUAACAAACAAUCCAAGCUGUACAUUGAUCUCAAAGUUUGACUUGUGUUGAAAGAAGAACUCAUUAACCACUGGUGUACCUCAAGAGUUAUUACUUGGCCUCAUUCUGGGACAAAUUUGUCCUGUGACCAGUGAGUGUCCAAAUGUAGUAGGAUGUAAAAUGUAGCGUAACCUAAGUAAGAACCUGCUUCAUGUGAGAAAUACCUAAUGAAGAUGUGUAUUUGUUGUGACCAAAUAGAUUUUAUCAUCAAGUACUUAGGAAUAUUAAGAGAAGUAGAAAUCGGUCUGUCUGAUUAUCAGUUGAAUUAGUUCAUCAUUCAACCGACUCAUUAAUGUGGCCCUUCUUACAGUGUCAAAUAUUUUCAUUGUUCUAUUUCAUGGUGUGAAAUUGAUUUAUAUCCAUGUUCUGUGGAAAAACUUCCAAAAAAGGUAUUUUUCAGAAGUAAAAGUAACAUCUUGGUAUUUGCUGUAGUUUUGUGGUAAUUCAGACAAAUCCAACCAACAACCAACGUCAUUUCCUUGACUCUUUUAUGAUUGAGGAAACAGAAGACCACUAGAGGUGAAUUCAUGAAUGCUGUUUUGAAAGACCAUGUACUUACUUGAAAACAAAUUCAAUGGAUACAUAUGACAGAUAAUACCUAGUAUUACAUGUAAUACUGAUUAAUUUUUAGAUUCUAAUCUUCAGUGCACUUAGUUGUCACAUGUGUAUGAAGUCAAAGUGCUAAUGCACUUAAGGAGAUAACAUGUUGUAAGUGUCAAGCUUGUAAUUUUUAAUCACUUUUUUGCUAUUUUUCUUCAUCUUUGUAAACUUUCCAGGAUGAUAGUUCUGGUAUACAUCAAUAUCUAGUAUAACAGCUGUUGCACAUCAUGUUUUGAUGUUGACAUGUUGGAUAUGUAGAUUAGCGGUACCCAACUAGAUGGUUCUCACCAAAGUACAAAGUUUCAUUCAUGAGCAAUCAUGUGCUUACUUUCAGACUCAUGUGUCUUGAAUAACUAUAAUUGCUUAUGGCAAUAUGGGUUUCCAUGGACAACUUAUUUUACACUAUAUGUUACUAGUAUGUAGAGAAGGGUUCUUCUCCAUGCUUGCUUCAUUAUGCCCCUUUUCCUGUCAAGUCACAUUUCAGUUCUGUGUGUUACUGUCUUGGAAUAAAAGCUACACGAUCUACAGUA